AUGAAGCCCUUCACCAGUAUCGUUCUCUUGGCCGCCACGGUCACCGCCAGUCCUGUCCCAAAGAUCUUUAACCUAGUCAGCUCAAAUGCCUCCGAUGAAAGCCAGAACGGUCUCUACCUGUCAACACAACACGUCGACCCACUGAACAGCAAGGCUGUCUUUCGCGAUGCCGCCGACGCUGCCGAUUUCUACUUCCUAGAUGGGACCGUGCGCUACAAUGCGCCGAAUGGAGCUCCCUACGCCUUGGCUCUCGUCUCUGGCGACGAAGUCCAGAGCGAGGUGGAGGUUAGCGUGAGCCCUUCAUCCGGGGGCACAGGCUUCACUUUUACCAAUGAUAAUAUCCUGGCUAAUGAUAAUGAAAAUUGGGGUGGAUGGCUACCAAUGGGGACGACGUCCCGGAUAGCUGUGAUCCUAUUGAGCUUGGUGCUGUCUACAAGGCCUCGUCAUAGGGGCGGUCAUCAUAGCCAACGAAAUGGCAUUCGGCUGGCCCAGGACGUAUACUGCUAG